AAUAACGAAAGUGUCGAAGGAAAUUGUUUAUAUUGAUUAUUUAUUAAAUUACCUGGACGAUAGGAAACUAAGCCAUCAAAAUUGAAAUUAUACGAAUACGAGACAAUACAAUGGAAGCGUAUACAAAUUUAGAUUGGUCGAAGAAUCACCGGCGGAGUGAGUCGCGUCUACUCGAGUAUUUUUCCAUCGAGUUCUCUAUUUACGAAGAAGAUAUUUUCAACCUACACAUUAAUGAAAUCGAUCCGGUUCACCAGUUAGCAGAUGUCUUCGAAGACGAUCGGGUAUCACUCGAAUAUCCAAUUGACCCACGUACCGGAACGGUAGUUCGUCAGUUAGUGAUUGAUACAAGUAAGCCAAUCAGACUUUACGAUCAAUUCCCCAGUGGAUCUCUAUUAAAUCGGGCCGAUCAUCAGCACUGCUUGAUGGUAUUAAAUCGCUUGAACAUGCGGCUUGCAUUCGAUACUGCAGAAGAACAGGAAGCGUUGACCAAAUAUAGACGAUUGACAGGAAAGCUAAAGAAAGAACGGGCUCUUUUCGAUAGUUUUGUUAGGAAUUAUUUUAUCAACAAUCUUGUCAGUCGGAAAAGAAUUGUAAAUCAGGAACUAAAUAACAUUGUUGUUGAAAUGUGGAGGAGAAAAAUAGACAAUAUUAUCCGUACAAUGGCUGAUAGUACUUAUCAUUUAUCCACGGCAGUAAUGUGGUUAAAGUAUAUAAAAAACGAACGAAACGUUGUGUUUGAGCCAGCAUCAGACAAUCUUCUAGAAUUUGGACAGUUGUUGCAUAUUUUCACGGAGAAUUUAUUGAAUUGCAGUACGCUGAAACGAAGUACCCGUGUUCUGGAAAAGUUUUUGCAGGACCAAUACAAUUCAGUGUUUGUAGAUGAUUCUACUCAUGUGGACACAAUUCUAAAGCAAGAUGAGGAUGUAAGGUUUGUUGUUAGUUCUGGAACUUUGACAUAUCUUUUGGACAAUGUGAGCAACAUGGAUAACCGAUGGAUGAUUCCUUUUCGUAUUGUAACGAUUGGAAGUAGGAAUGUUAUCUAUUUGAAUAAGAAACUGCAACCAACAAAAAUGAUGGCUCAUGAUAGAAAUAUUAAAGCUCAUAAAUAUUGUAUUAGAAGUUUUAUGUCCGUACUCAAGAAAGAUGUAAAACAAAGCAUUGAUAAAACCACCGGUAAUCAUAGAGAAACAUCUGACACAAAAAGUGAAUACAAGCCUUUUAGAUUCGAGGAGUAUCUCCAGAUGAUAAACACCCAAACAGAAUUCAGGAAUAAACACGAGCGAUACUCAUGUCUUCGGCUGUGGACACUCAAAGACAAUGAUGAACAAUAUCGAUUUCUUAUACGAUCUCGAAUGGAUUGUUACGAAUCUUUGCGGAAGAUGAAAUUUUUCAUCAAUAUUUCAAUAAAACUUGAAUAUCAAGCAGAGUUUGGAGCUGAGCAAAUGACGAAAAGUGAAUUGAUCAGAGAAUGGGCGAGGCAGUUCAUGCGACCUAACUCAAAAACUUUGCGAUUGCGAAUAAAUCCUGUUACACAUUCUAUCCUUUCUCACCAUUACUUGGAACUAAAAGAUAUCGAAGAUGAGCUCAAACGAACGCACGACAUUGACCCAGCAAAUCUUAUAACAAACCUCUGGCAAACUUUAAAAAUUCUGUUAAGCUUCCCUCCUGGAGAGCAUCUUAUGCAGCAUGAUAUUAAAAACCCUCACACCGUGUUAAUCCUUUCGAAGGAUCCAAAAGCCAGUGCUUCGAUUACUUCCGUACAUCUGAACGAAGUUUAUGCUUCCGUCGAUUAUGAACGGUGCGCCCUGGAGGAAUACGAAUGGGUGCCAAUUGAUAGAACCAUCAUAACGAAGCUCCACCGCGAGCACACAUUACUUCCUUGCACAUUCCCUCACUGGAAUAAGGUCCAACACAUUGUUUCACGCGAAGUAUUUAAACCAAAGAAAAAACCUCAACCAGCACCAAUUUGCAAGACGAAGGGUAAGAAAUCUAAAGGUCAUCGAGAGCGACGUAUCCAUAGGGAGCGGGAAAAGAAGCAACAGAAGAAAAAAGAAAAGAUAUUCGUAGCAAAAAUGCAACACUCAUUGGAUCAAUAUGCUCCCUACAUGGGCCCCACGCGCAACACCGUUGAUGGGCUGUCAUCUAACAAAUCUACAGAACAUCAUAUCUCAGCAAUUAGUUUUGUGAAAGCUGAUACAAUAGAUUAUAGAACGUACGUUGACCAAGCGAAUGUACGAAAGCAAGAAGAAUAAACUAGUUUUGCUAAUUUA